CUACCUCUCCUUCCUUUUUCAGUUUUCCAGCUGUUGUGAGUGGGGGUGGGGGGUGGGAAGAGAGAGGGGAAGACCGGUACCCACCGCAGCUCCGGAGAGCUGGGGAAAAGAGGGUGGUGCGAAUAAAGACGCAUCGGUUGGGGCCAUGGCCACCUUUACACGGGAAGAGUUUUACCAGCAGCUGUUGAGCAGUUGUAUGCUGCCAACUGCUCAGCAGGGUUUUGAACAGGUUUGGAUUCUGCUGCUCUUGUGUCUAGCUUGCCGUCUCCUAUGGAGGUUAUCUCUGCCAUCCUAUGUUAAGCACCUGAGCACCGUUGCUAGUGGCUUCUAUGCCCUCUACCACUUUUUUCAGCUGCAGAUGGUGUGGGUUGUGCUCCUCAGCCUCUUGUGCUACUUGGUUUUAUUCCUGUGUCGCCACUCAACCCAGCGUGGAGUUCUGCUCUCCAUCACCAUCCUCAUCUAUUUGCUUAUGGGAGAGAUGCAUAUGGUAGACACUGUGAGUUGGCAUAAGAUGAGAGGUGCCCAGAUGAUUGUGGCAAUGAAGGCUGUGUCAUUGGGCUUUGAUCUGGACCGGGGCGAGGUACCAACCAUUCCAUCCCCAGUUGAGUUCAUGGGGUAUAUCUACUUUGUCGGAACCGUUAUUUUCGGACCCUGGUUCCGCUUUCGCACCUAUCUGCAGGCAGUAGAGAGCAGGAAAAUAACUUUCUCCUGGUUUCAGAAGGUCUUCCUGAGCUUCUUCCUCUGCCUUGUGUGCCUCAUCAUGUCCACCUGCGUGGCUCCCUAUCUCUUCUCAUACUUUAUACCCCUCUACAGCUACAGGCAACUCAGGAAGAAGCGCAGAAGCAGGAGUACUUUAAUGAGGUGGCUCAGGGCUUACGAGAGUGCCAGUUCCUUCCAUUUCAGCAAUUACUUUGUGGGCUUUCUGUCUGAGACUACAGCCACCCUGGCAGGAUCAGGUUUUACAGAGGAAAAGGAGAAUUUGAAAUGGGACCUGACAGUGUCUCGUCCUCUGAGGGUGGAGUUGCCACGUUCUAUGGUGGAGGUGGUAACCAGCUGGAACCUGCCUAUGUCACGAUGGCUAAACUCCUAUGUUUUUAAGAACUCCCUGAAACUGGGGACCUUCUCGGCCAUCCUUGUAACCUACGCAGCUAGUGCCCUCUUACAUGGGCUGAGCUUCCAUUUGGCUGCUGUGUUGUUGUCACUCGGCUUCAUCACUUACAUUGAACACGUUCUCAGAAAGAGGUUGUCUGUCAUCUUUGAUGCGUGUAUACUCUCCAAGAAGUGUCAACCAGGAUGCUCACAUCGCCACAGCAUGAAUCUCUGGGUUCGUCUCCUCAACCUGCUCUUUGGGGCUCUUGCUGUCUUCCACUUGGCCUACUUAGGCUCAUUAUUUGAUAUGGAUGCCGAUGACUCUAUGGAAGAACAGGGCUACGGCAUGUCUUAUACCAUCAACAAAUGGUCCGAGUUGAGCUGGGCCAGCCACUGGGUGACCUUCGGGUGCUGGGUCUUCUAUCGUCUCAUCAGCUGAAGCAGGACCUUCAUGUGAACUCGAGGAGAUGGAGCAGGGGAUGGGUGGAGAGGCAGAAUUGAUAGACUCCUCACCUUCAAGAACAUUGGAUGCCCACCAUCGACUUGAGUGCCAUGGAUAUUGACUGAUUCAUUCUUUCUCUGGGAUGCUGAUGGAGGGAAGCCCCGCCCCCUCCCCCCCUCCCCCAGCAGUUCAGUUGCGUGCCCUAAAGAGGGGAGGAACAUGCAUCCUAUGUAGAAAAGGCUGGUUGAGUACGAAGGUAUUCUCCUGAAUACCUAUUUUUAAAAAGCCUUUUCUUCCUUUUCCAACAUGGUCUGGACUACAGUAUCUAUAAUAUUCUUCCAUUGGCUUCCUGGGUCUUGUGGGAGUUGUUAUUCAGAGGGUACCAGAUUGCCAAUUCAGAUAUUGUACCUCUUUGAGAAAAAACUGGCUCCUGCCAGGUCCUUGAUGACACUCCCUCUAGUGGCAAUUGAAGAAACUGCACCAGCUUUCCCUCCGCUCUGAAUUAUUUUUACUGCAUGUUUUGCCUCUUUUUGCUCUUUUGCGGCUGCAGGUGGGAGCUGCACCCACUGCUUCCGAGGUACCCCUUAUUACUCCUUAUGAAAUUCUGUCUUUAGUGUAAAGUCUGAUGAUUAGCCAAAUGGGAAUCAUGAUGCUUUAAACUGCAUUGAAGAUGCUGUUGAUUACCUUUAAAAGUAGGACAGUUUGUGUAGAUGUAGUAGCUUUCUCUGUUUUGCUUCUAAAGCCCUUGGAUUUUUUGGACAAUCAUGGCAGAAGCAUUGUUGAGGCCAUAGAGAAGACGGCUGGAAAGUCAUGGGAAAGAGCACAAGAAAUUCUAACUGGGGAUAAUCCUCAAGGAGAACUGAACCUUUUGAAAUUUUCACUAUCUGAAUCUAUGGAAUUCCUGUUCAUUUCAAUUUUUAUCCACUGUGAUAUGGUGGCAGAAACUGGCAUCAUUUUUUUUAAUCAGAGUGAAGCUGCUCAGAUAUUUAAUUUGGUGCCAAAUUCUGCACAGAAGCUUAAACUGCACUAGUAAUAGCAUACAAUGGAUUGGAUUAAUUAAUCUGGAAUAACGCUUGCUCCAUAGUUUAAUGAAUAUAUUGUGGAUAAAGUGCCCACUAAGGGUUAAAAAGAAAAAGGAGGACUGGGAGAGGAGAACCAUUGUGCCUUCUUGACAUAUGUUACCCUCCUAUCUUUAUAAAUAGAUCAAAAGCUUAUUCCAAUCAGUUGGAGAAAGUAUCCCCCAAUUUCUGUUACUGUUCUGACCUAGACUUCCUGAUACAGUAAAAGCACACAAUGAGUCCCCAAAACCCUCUUUUUAUUUCAACGACUGUGAAUUCUGGUCAUUCAGAGCCUGUUCAUUCUCAAUCUGUUCAUUCACAGAUGAGUCCUAAGUAGUUGCAAAGAGUCAGACAGAAGUCUGCCAGAGUUCUUCUGAUAAGGCUGAUAAACACCCACCUUUAUCUCCCUUGGCACGCUGCCAAGACCUAAUUGGCAAUUAACUCUGCAAGGCCACACGGAACACAGUCUUGAAAUAGGACGAACAACAGUUGCCUCCUUUAUGUCUUAUGGGAGGGGCCAAUCAUCUCUAAGCCCUACUCCCGAGUCGUCCCUUUUGUUUUAACUUCUUGCCUUCUGACAGCUCUGCGCAUGUGCUCAUUGGGAACAGGCUCCCCCUGUUCCUCUGCCUCGCUGAUGUCUGACUCUGGAGGCUCCGGAGUCUGCACAUAACUGUUCUGUUCUGUCAACUCCCAGAUGGCCCUGGCCCCAUCUCUGCCUCCAAUGCAGAGCCCUCGUCCGAGCUUUCCCCAGACUCCAGGAUUGGCCCAUGUUCCUCCCCAGCCUCCUCACUGUCCAACUAUUCUGCCAGCUCCGCAGGUCACCAGCGGACCACAAGAAGUUAUGCAGUAUUUAUAAACUAAGGAUUGCAUUGUUUCCUUUGUCACCAACACACCAAUAAUCCUGAAAUGCAUACAAGCUAUUUCGGUAGUAUACUUCCUGUUAGAAGUACCACCCUGUCAUUGCAGCAAAGAAUGAACCUUUAACUUGUUUUGUCAAGGGGGAAGCAAGAUCACGACUAGGAACAAUAGAAUCAGAACAUUCAACAUGGACAAUGCCUAAUCAUGGAAAGGUGGAACAUUGAGCACUUCUCUAACUCUCUUCUCCUAUAAAGGGAAGCUAAAUGCAGACAAACCUUUUACACGGGGAGUUUAUAAAAGCUUAGAGAGCCAAUGUACUGGAGAUCUCGUAGAGUCACUACCUGAAUCAGUUCAGGUAGGACAAGUGAGACACAUUUAUGGUAUCGGACUCAUUGGGCAACAAUAUAAGUUCCUGGCACAUUGAAAGUAAAUGGUUUUGUGAGAAGCUAUCACCCUUUCCCUAACAUGCUAGUUUAUUAUGUGCGUUGCCAUUUUUAAAAGUGCAUGUGUGAAAAAGUGACACACACACACCAACUACAAAUGGAAGUAUUCAUUUUUCCCCCAAUCCAGAUGUCCUCCAGAGUGUUGGACUUAAGGUGUCUUCCCACAAUUUUUAUUUGCCGGCCCAAAUACAAUAGUAAAAAAGGUUGCAUUGUGAUCUGAGUUUUGAUCACCUUGCUACUUCUCCUUGCCUCUUUCUUUCUGUAAGGGCAUAGCAGAAUAAGUGUGCAACCGGACGCAAAAAAUAAGAUCAAAGAGAAUAUUUCAGCAGAUAAUGCUUGUUUUUUGUGUGAUACUGGUGCAUGUUGAGCCUCUUUCUUCCAUCCAGCUGUUUAAAGCCAUGGAUCCUGAUUCCUUUUAGCAUUUCCUUAUUUACUAAUUCUUUGGUUUUGAAGGAAUCAAGACCUUGCUGGAAUAGAGUCUAGUUCCACUCCAAGUCUUUUUGUGGACUACAGUGUUAAAAUCCCAGGUUAUGUCUUCUGGCCCUUGCCUAGGUGAGGUGGAAGAUGCUAUGGACCAUAGGUAAACUAUUAAAAAAUGACUGGCUAUUCUUUUUUAAAAUGCCUUUGAUUUGUUUAUAAAAUAAAUAUUCAGUGGAAACACA